GAGACAGUAGCUUUCGCUGGUGGUCAUUAAACUCCGGUUAGAAUCCACCGAGCGAGCGCCUGUUCCAAUGGAGGAGCGUCGACCUCCUCUCUCCUGAUGUAAGGAUCUACUUUUUGAAAGGACUAGUUUUACUUCCACCCCUUCGCAGCACCCGCGUUAUCGUACCGAUACCCCUCUGAUGUUCGCGCGGUAGCAGCAACAACCGCAGUUUCCCCAGACCCCCAUCGCGUGCCACUUGUCAAUGCAAACCAAGCGUAAGUGGGGAGAAGCGCUCAGUGGGUCUCCCUCCUCCAUGGCCUCUUUUCCCUCCAUCCCAUCCCCCCUUCCCCUCCUCUUCCUCCUCCUCUCCAUCCCUCCAGUGGCUCCUAUCCAGCCCCAAUGGCCCCUGCAGCGCGUCCCCGUGGUCUUACCCCAGGUGACAGAGGACCGACCCGCCCCCCACUUCCAGGCUGACGCCCGAUUGGACGUCACCUCCCCAUGUGACCCAGAAUGCCACAAGAAUGCUCUUCCCCCCAGCUACUGGGACCUGCGUAGCAUCCUGUCAUACGAGACGCUCCAUAGCAACGGUCGCCUUACCGAAACCGCGGUGGGGAUCUACGGGUACACCGCCCGCCCCCAGACCACGCCGGCACUGCCUUCCCGACGCAAACGUCAGAUCUUUGGCCAUGACGGGCGUUUCAGCAUCGUAGGGCAAGACUUCCUGUUGAACUACCCAUUUUCGGCAGCGGUCAAGCUGUCCACCGGGUGUUCCGGAACACUGGUGGGCGACCGGCACGUUCUGACCGCCGCCCACUGCGUCCACGACGGGAAGAACUACGUGAAAGGGGCGCAAAAGCUCCGGGUGGGUUUCCUGAAGCCAAAGCAGCGUGACUCUCCCAAUCCUGCCUCUGCCACCAAUGCAUCCAUCGCCCAUCCGUCACCCCCGGAUAAGAUGAAGUUCCAGUGGAUUCGUGCCAAGCGCACCCACGUGCCCAAAGGCUGGAUCAAGGGCAACGGCAACGACAUCGGAAUGGACUACGACUACGCCUUAUUAGAGCUCAAGAAGGCCCACAAAAGACGCCACAUGAAGCUGGGCGUCUCCCCACCGGCGAAGCAACUGCCCGGGCGCAGGGUCCAGUUCUCCGGCUAUGACAACGACCGGCCGGGCCAGCUGGUCUACCGGUUCUGCCGGGCUGGAGAGGAGACGCCGGACCUUCUCUACCAGCAUUGUGAUGCCCAGCCCGGGGCCAGCGGCUCGGGGAUCUACGCUCGUAUGUGGGACCGGAGGAGGCGGCGCUGGGAGAGGAAGGUGAUCGGGGUGUUCUCAGGGCACCAGUGGGUGGAUCGAGACGGGGCGUCCCAGGAGUUUAACGUGGCGGUGAGGGUGACGCCUCUGAAAUACGCCCAGAUCUGCUACUGGAUCAAAGGAAACUAUGUAGACUGCCGAGAAGGAUGAGGAAGAGGUGGACAUGUCAUGCACAUACUGUACACACACACACAGAGGAUUGAUGGAGGAGGAAGUGAAGGGGGUCUUCAUUUCCCUUGCUGAGGAAGUGAAGUUGACAUGUCAUUCAUACACAUGCAGUACACACUUCAUCAUUAAUACUGUUUCAUUAGCAAUACAUCCAUCGUUCUGCAUGCAGAGACAUCCUCCCAACACACAACUAGAACGACUCACAGUUACAUCCAGGAAGUCCUACUGUACAUACAUACAUCCUCACUAACCCUUUCCAUCAUACAUUAAAUAAAAUGUUCAAAUGUAUUCGUGCCCUUCUUACUGCAUGAUCAACACUGUGCUUUGAAACACAACUGAAAGGUCUUAUGACUGAACUUUAGAAGAAGGCUUUGGCCAGGGACUCCCUGGACCAACGUGUCAUGAUGGUGAAGAGAACAUUUAAUGCACUGAAAGGAUGAAAUAAAAGGAGGAACAAGAAGAUGUGUAAGAGAUUGGUGGAGAACCAGACGCAGUUUCACUGCUAAUUCUAUAGAUUGUCAGAGCUCUGCUGGGACAUCUCUUUAACUGUUAUUACCAAUGAAUGUAACCCUGUCAUCAACCAAAGGUGCUACCCUGCUCUUCAAACAUGUCAACUCAAGGUAUAGACUGUCACAGUACAAACUGUUGGUGUUUCAAAUGGACCCGAGUAAAAUACCCCUAGCUCCCUCUGCUGGGCCAAACACAACACUACAGGCCACUUUGAUGCGUAGCAGCACUGUUGGCUCUGUCAUACUGACCUUCACCUACUCAUGAUCUGCACUGUCAAACUUUAUGGGUGAGAUAUUUUUCUGUUUUAAAAACAAUUGUUCAGCAAUAUAUAUAUAUAUAUAUAUAUAUCAACUUUAUAAUGCUUUGGAAUAAAAUGCGGCUUUGCAAAUGGGU